AUGACUACCAAACUUCUUCUCCUUGUUUUCCUUGGUGCUCUUGUUUGCAACACUAGCGCCAGGAAGCUCGUGGGUAAAGAGAGUACGUUCAAGGAUGAGAAGAUAUUCUUUCAUAAGAGAUUCGGUGGUGGUCUUGGUGGUGGGGGUGGUUUUGGUGGGGGUGGGGGUGCUGGUCUGGGUGGUGGAUCUGGGUUUGGUGGGGGUGCUGGCUUAGGUGGUGGUGGUGGAGGCUUUGGAGGUGGUGGUGGAUUUGGUGGUGGUGCUGGAGGAGGCUUUGGGGGUGGAGCUGGUGGUGGAGCAGGAGGUGGCUUUGGUGGAGGAGCUGGUGGUGGAUUACCUUGA